AGUCUUCACUCCUCCAAGUGAGGAGUGAGGACUAAUCUGAGUUUCACGUUUUAAAUAUUCUCAAUUCUCAUGAAGUAUAUCAUAUUUAAUAUGAACGCGGUGCGAUCAGCGACGUUUUGACCUUUGCCAUUUGUGUCUCAUUCUCAAGAGAACAACGAAAACGAUUAAAAAAUCAAAACUCAAAAGUCAAAACAAAAACAUAACCAAAAUAAAAGCAAAAUAAUCACGGUUGCUAUAGAAAUAAUGAAACGAAAAUUGUGUAUAAUCGAAGAUUUCGAAUCAAUACAAAGAAAGCUUAGCAAUAAUAUUGAUAAGAAUCAAACCGCAAAAAUGUAUAGGAACACAAUUUGGUACAGAUCGUUGCAAAACGCGGAGAAAACGUGUUUAAAGCAGGAUAAAGUGAGAAAAAUUCACUACAAAUUCGAGGACAAUAAAGAGAUGGUUGAGGAAUACAACAGUGAUACUAAGGUGCUGCUACGAAGAGCGUGGAAAGUUAAAGGCAAGUUGGGUGGAGAUGGCAAGUGGUUGGUAGAGGUUGGAGACCCAAUACCAGAAACUACACCCAAUACUGAACUUCCAGAAAUUGUUGAGUCUAAAGACCAGCCAAUUAUCACAAAAAGAAAUACUAGAAUAAACAUUGAAUGGAGAAUACGAAAUCUGCCGUAUCCUAUUGAAACAUAUUCAGUGAAAGCUGACAAUGAGAACAAAGUAAUAAUUAUAAGUACUAGUAACAAAAAGUAUUAUAAAAAACUAGAUGUUCCUGAGUUGACUAGACUAGCACUACCAUUUGAACAAGGCAAUAUACAAGUUUCUCAUCAAUUUAAUACCUUAAUUGUAACUUAUAAAAAACCACAGCAACUCUUAGACAUGGAGAAAGAUUGGUACCAAGAACUAAAUACUGUAGAAGCUGUGAAAGAUAUACCAAAUGAUUGUAAAACACAAUAAGAUUUUAUGUGCAAAUGGAGUCGUAACAUGAGCUAAUUUGAUGAUGGAAGUUGAGAUUUUUUACAGGUGCAUUGUGCUUUGAUUUUGACAAAAAAUAUUAUUAUAUCUGCACACA